AUAUGGACCGCAUAAAAGUGCUUAGCACUUGUCGAGCAAUUUUCAUUAAGAAAUUCUUCUAGUUUGAGCAAUGUGUCUGGCGAGUAAAGUGAAGGGCCAGACGGUCCAGAUGAUAGCAGUUUUAGUGGGUAAUAUAUUGAACUUCAAUUUCGGCCUGACCUUUGGAGUAACAUCGUCACAUUCGAAGCUUUAUGGAUCGCCGGUAAAUACCCCCUUGACACAUGCUGCAUAUCCACAAGAAAUAACAUGGGUAGCGAGCGUCCUUUUCCUUUCGGCAGCAAUUGCCUCGCUGAUAUUUGGACCAAUCUCGCAUAAAAUCGGACCAAAAUCUGUCCUGCUGCUUUGCGGUUUACUGCAAAUGGCAAGCUGGUUCUGUGUCCAUUUUGCAUUUGAUAUCCUACACAUUUAUUCGUCUCGAAUUUGUGCUGGGAUAGGAGGUGGUGCUGCCUUUACGGUUUUGCCGCUUUAUAUAUCGGAAAUAGCUGAAGUGGCCGGUUCAAAGGCAUCUUUGAACGUGUCCAUAGAAAUUUGGCGCGCUUGUGGAAUUAUGACGGGUUUCAUUUUCGGCUCCUACCUUAAGUACAACUACGUUGCUGUUGUGGGAAUUCUGGUGUCGUUUUUCUUUUCGAUGGUAUUUCCCUUUGUCCAAGAGAGUCCAUACUACUUUCUACGCAAAGGCAAUAUGGCCGGUUUAGAAAAGUCGUUACGUUGGUUCCGCGGUAUUCGCAGCAUUGAUGACCGCAAUAAUCCUGAGUUUGAGCAUGAAUUGACACAAAUAAAAAAUAGUCUCCAAGAAAACUCACAGUUGAUCAAAAGCGGCCCAUCCACAUCUCAAUUGGUAAAAAUUGUAUUUGGAAAUGUAGUUCUAGCAGUAGGAUCCCAACUGGGCAGCAUAUAUUCCGUUUUGUAUUACGGUUCAUUGAUUUCAAUCGCUGCUGUACCGCUCCAAGUGGCUGGCACCAAAAUAAUUAUGGUUAUUGCUGCUGUCCACAUCUUAGGAACUCUCAUGGCAAAGAUAUUCAGCGGAUGUGCUAAACGAAGUAUACUCCUAGUUAUCACAUCCUUGGGAUCCGCUUUGUGUCUACUUUUGGGAGCAAUAUAUUUGUCAUAUGGAAAAACUUGGGAUAUGGAUGAUGAAAUAGAAGCCUGGAUAAUGCCAAUCAUAUUGGCAGCACAUACAUUCUUGGCCAGUAUAGGUUUUGUAACCUAUUCCUCCACAGUCUUCAUGGAGAAUAUUCCAAAGAAGUUACAAUAUCAAUUACUGGGUUUGCUACAUUUUCUAUCGUGGAUGACUGUAUUUGCUAUUGUUCAU